AUGGAUCAAGCCCCAACUAAACAGUUAUUCAUCAGACCCGUCAGAGACGACGUGACCGAAGACAUUGUCACCGACUUCUUCUCGUCCGCAGCACCGGUCACUGGCGUGCGUCUUUUGGAAGGGUACGCUUUUGUUUCAUUUGAAAAUGAAGAAGAUGCCGGUAAGGCGUUGGACAAAUUUGCUGGCGCUGAUUUCAGAGGUGAGCAAUUACUCGUUGAGUUUGCUAAGGAAAGAAGAGAGGAUAACCGAGGCAAGUACAGAUUGAAGCUCACUGGGUUGCCAGAAGGCACAGCAUGGCAAGAUGUUAAAGAUUUCGUUAGAGACAAGACUGGCUCUGAGCCUACUUUUGCCAAAGUUUUCAGAGAGUAUGACUCUGGUGAAACUGUCGGUAACUUGGAGUUUGAAACGGGUGAGGAUUUGGAAAAGGCGAUUCCGUUGUUGGAUAAAUCGAAUUAUGGUGAUGUUACAAUUGGGGCCGAGGAAGAUACUUCGCCAUAUGUGCCACCACCAAGAAGAGGAGGAUUCAGAGGAGGCAGAGGAGGAUUUAGAGGAGGAAGAGGUGGAUUUGAUCGUGGAUACGGUGGCGGUGGAUUCAGAGGAGGAAGAGGUGGAUUUGAUCGUGGAUACGGUGGCGGUGGAUUCAGAGGAGGAAGAGGUGGAUUUGAUCGUGGAUACGGUGGCGGUGGAUUCAGAGGAGGAAGAGGUGGAUUUGAUCGUGGAUACGGUGGCGGUGGAUUCAGAGGAGGAAGAGGUGGAUUUGAUCGUGGAUACGGAGACAGAGACGGAUUCAGAGGAGGUAGAGGUGGAUACGGAGACAGAGACGGAUUCAGAGGAGGUAGAGGUGGAUACGGAGACAGAGACGGAUUCAGAGGUGGUAGAGGUGGAUACGGUGACAGACAAGGAUCAUACAAUAGAGAAAGGUCACCAACCAGAUUCUAA